AAGGGACCACGUAUCACUGCGCCAGAGGAUCCAGCAUGCCACAGUACAAGCUGACAUACUUCAAUCUGCGAGGACGAGCAGAAAUCAGCCGCUACCUGUUUGCCUAUUCGGGCAAGAAGUAUGAAGACCACAGGAUAGAAGCAGCAGACUGGCCCAAAAUCAAACCAACUAUCCCAUUCGGCAAAAUCCCCAUUCUCGAAGUAGAUGGAGUCACCAUUCACCAGAGCCUGGCAAUAGCAAGAUACCUUGCCAGAGAAUCAGGUCUGGCAGGUCAGACGCCUGUGGAACAGGCGCUAGCUGAUGCCAUUGUGGACACCAUAGAUGAUUUCAUGACGCUGUUCCCUUGGGCAGAGAAAAAUCAGGACGUGAGAAAACAAGCAUUUGAUGAUAUCCUCACCAACAAAGCACCUGAGUUACUGAAAGAUUUGGAUACUUUCUUAGGGGAUAACAACUGGCUGGUAGGGAAGUCUGUAACAUGGGCUGAUUUCUACUGGGAUGUGUGCAGUACGACACUUCUGUCCUGUAAACCCGGCCUGGCAGACAACUACCCCAGGCUUUUGGCUCUCAAAGACAGAGUGCAAGCGCUCCCAGCUAUUGCAGCCUGGAUCCAGAAAAGACCGAAGACUGUAAUGUAAAUCAGCUGUUCAGACUGGAAAAAACAAAUGCAUGUUUAGUUUUCAGCAUGACAAGUGUCCUAAGUUAUUAAUUUUUGAAUCAUUUAAAUUAACUUCAGACAGGUAUGCUAUACCAAAUCAAAAUCUACCACUUGUAUCCAUUUAUAGGAGAGAAUCUAAAAAGCUGGUUGAGUAGAGUAGAGCCUGAGGGAGAGGUGUGGUUUCAACUACAUUCCCCCCACUACUAAUAAAGUGCUUGAUCAACCCAAUUAAUGUUCUGUGGGAUCUCAA